AUGAUAAUUGGAUUGGCUAUGGAAGUGGGUGAUGGGAGAUGUACUCGGUUCUGGGAGGAUGUCUGGAUCAUGGGAGGGUCUUUAAAGAAUCGAUUUCCAAGGCUUUUCUCUGUUUCAAACCAAAGAGGAUCAGUGAUAGGGGAUUGUGGGUUCUGGGAUGGGUUAACUUGGAUAUGGAACUUUCAAUGGAGGCGUGAGCUGUUCCAAUGGGAGUUGGACCUAGUGAACCAGCUUCAUAACACUUUGAGAGUAGUUAAACUUGCGCUUGGGAGAGAGGAUAGAGUUGUGUGGAAAUAUGAUAAGCAGGGUAUUUUUUCUACUAACUCUUUUGUGCAGGUGUUACAGGGAGAAAUGGCUCCAGAGGAUAUCUCAAGCUACAGCUUCACUAGGUCAAUUUGGAAAGGACUUGUCCCUCCCAGGGUGGAGUUAUUUGUCUGGUUUGGCUUGAUUGGCAGGGUCAAUACGAAGGAGAGAUUGCGUCGGUUCGGGGUUAUUAGCCAAGAAGAUUCUCUAUGUGCCUUAUGUAAAAUAGGCGAUGAAAAUGAUUACCACCUGUUUCUAGGCUGUAAUUUCUCUUGGCAAGUCUGGUGUGCUUGGAUAUCUCAUGUUGGCAUGCAAUGGAUAUACCCAGGUACAGUCAAGGAGCAUUUCCAGAGUUGGACUGAGGCACCAAAUAAUAAGGAGGAGCGCAAGAGGUGGAUGGUGUGUUUUUGUGCCAUUAUGUGGAAUAUCUGGCUGGAACGAAACAGGAGAAUUUUUCAGAAUAAGGAAAAAGGUGUUGAGGAGAUUAUCAACUUGUCUGUCCAGAGCUACACUGAAUGGUUAGGUGCUGACCCCUUUAGUUGUUGA